AGAGCUUCAGCACAAGCUCCAGCUCUUCAACCUGAAUCAACAUAACCCAUAAACGCCCUACACACGCACCCCGAACAACCGUAAAUCAAAUACCGAGAAAAGGAAUAAGACAGAAAAAAGGAAAGGGAAAGAAAAAGAACGAAGCAGAGAAAGAAACAAUGGUCCUCGACACCUCAACCUACAACCUCGGGCUCCUGCGCAUCGACGGCCGGCGCUGGAACGAGCUGCGCCAGAUCCGCGCCCAGAUCCGCACCCAAGCCGCUGCCGACGGGUCCGCGUACUUCGAGCUGGGAAACACGAAGGUCAUGUGCGUGGUCUCGGGUCCCAACGAGGAAGGCAAGAAGCGAGGCGCCACGUCCGCGUCCGGCGCUGGAGGAGGAGGAGUAGGAGGAAACGCAGCGGAUAUCCUGGUCAGCGUCGAGGUGUGCGGGUUUAGCACUGUUGAUCGGAAGAAGCGCGCACGGGGGGAUAAACGCACCCAAGAACUCCAAUCCACCCUCGCCAACUCCCUCGCCGCAGUCCUGCACACACACCUCUUCCCACGGAGCACGAUAUCCCUAUCUCUCCACGUCCUAAGCCAAGACGGAUCCCUUCUAGCCUGUCUAAUCAACGCCGCGACCCUAGCACUCAUCGACGCGGGUGUGCCUAUGGACGACUUCCUAGUCGCGUGUUCGGCGGGCAGCACUUCGAGCCAUGCCGCAAACGACGAGCAGGCUGAUCCGCUAAUGGACUUGAACACGCAGGAAGAGCAGGAGUUGCCGUUUCUCACGAUAGCAACACUGGGGGAGACGGAUAAAGUAGCGGUUUUGGUGUGCGAGAGUAGAGUUCAGGUGAGUCGGUUGGAAGGGAUGAUGGUUACAGCGGCGGAUGGGUGUAGGAAUAUACGCAAGUAUCUUGAUGCGGUGGUGAAGGAGAAGGGGCGGAAGAUGGUUGCCGAGGGGGCCGUUGAGAAGGGGGUUAGUAUGGCUAUGGAUAUUGGUGCCUAAGUAAAAACAUAGAUCGGGCUUACGAGGGAGUUAUGGUUGGAAAUGGUUUAGGCACAG